AAAAUACAUUUUUUUUAUGUGGGCAAAAUUUAAAGGGAAAUGUCGGAAAGAUAUGGCACGUCAUAUUUUUCUUCGAUAUGAUUGGCUGAGGCCUGACAUAUGAAAAUUAUUUGCUUGGCGUUAAUUGGUGAAUUGCCAAUCGAGCGACAGAAGAAUAAGAACUGCCCUUCACAUCCUUUCAUUUGAUACAAUGCAGCCGUUCCUUGGACAAAAAGGUAAUCCGUUAUGUACAGACGAACAAAAGAAAGCUUAUCACACUAUGGAGCUGAUAUUGUUUCAUAUACAAUAGAACUUCAAGAUUAUAUCGCAGUAUCCGGUCGUCCCCGCUUCAACAAUUUUCUCCACAUUUGUAUCAGUAUUUGGUCUGCGGAAACAACCGCCAGGUCCCCAAAGCCGUAUACAAUUUGUGGAAAACAAGAUUCCAGAAUGAAAUUAAUCAAAAACCGCCAAAUAUGAAAGAAAAUUCAGCUACACAGUUGAAAUACAGUAGUGCUACAUGGGUCGCUCUUUCCGAAAGAGUCGACAAACUGAAACGGGCAAAAAGGACAUAUGUAACUGAAGGGUUAGUUGCCUUGGAGGCGUGCGCUUCUUCUUCUGCUGGACAUCUGGUGGCGACAAUUCAAACAAGUCAACGCGAUCAUGGUCUUUCUGCUGACUUUGAAACUGAUAAUGAUGCUGGGCACGAUGAUGGUGAUGAAAAUGAUGAUUUGGUUCAUGAUGAUGCCUUACGAAUUGACGAUGAAAAGCCUUUGGAUGAGGUCCUAUUUAGAUUAGGAAGUAAAAAGAUCAAACAAAAAGGCUUACUGACGGAAGAAGAUAUCGGAAUCAUCAACAACUAUGAAUCGCCAAGCAACGAAUCGAUGAAAGGGGUCGUACAACGUAUGGUGAUUGAUUUACUCAAGAAAGAUUGUCUGUCUAUUCGCGAUCAGACGAUGUUGAAGGAAUUAUUAUCAAAUGUCAUCAACCUUAUUGAUCCUAGAACAGUGGAAGCCUUCAAAUCAAGAAUGACAACUCAACAGUUCGCAUCCAUUGCAGAGCCAAAUAGUGAACAACCUAACGGUGUCGUAUCUAGACUGAUAUUAUUGUGUAACUUUAAGAUCUCAGCUUCUUGUCAUUUAAGAUUGGAUUAGAAUAGUUUUUUCUCUUUUUUUCUCUCUCAUUCAAUUCUUAUUGAAAUAAAAUCUACCAACAGUCUCAUCGUAUUUUCGAUUUGUCUUUUAUUAUUAUUUUUAUAUUUUUUAAUCCAAUCACUACUUUACUAUUGCCACGUG